AUGAGGGAACAUUCUAAACGUUUACAAUUUCCCAAAACAUGUAGUAGUAGUAGUAGUAGUAGUAGUAGUAGUAGUAGUAGUAGUAGUAGUAGUAGUAGUAGUAGUAGUAGUAGUAGUAGUAGUAGUAGUAGUAGUAGUAGUAGUAGUAGUAGUAGUAGUAGUAGUAGUAGUAGUAGUAGUAGUAGUAGUAGUAGUAGUAGUAGUAGUAGUAGUAGUAGUAGUAGUAGUAGUAGUAGUAGUAGUAGUAGUAGUAGUAGUAGUAGUAGUAGUAGUAGUAGUAGUAGUAGUAGUAGUAGUAGUAGUAGUAGUAGUAGUAGUAGUAGUAGUAGUAGUAGUAGUAGUAGUAGUAGUAGUAGUAGUAGUAGUAGUAGUAGUAGUAGUAGUAGUAGUAGUAGUAGUAGUAGUAGUAGUAGUAGUAGUAGUAGUAGUAGUAGUAGUAGUAGUAGUAGUAGUAGUAGUAGUAGUAGUAGUAGUAGUAGUAGUAGUAGUAGUAGUAGUAGUAGUAGUAGUAGUAGUAGUAGUAGUAGUAGUAGUAGUAGUAGUAGUAGUAGUAGUAGUAGUAGUAGUAGUAGUAGUAGUAGUAGUAGUAGUAGUAGUAGUAGUAGUAGUAGUAGUAGUAGUAGUAGUAGUAGUAGUAGUAGUAGUAGUAGUAGUAGUAGUAGUAGUAGUAGUAGUAGUAGUAGUAGUAGUAGUAGUAGUAGUAGUAGUAGUAGUAGUAGUAGUAGUAGUAGUAGUAGUAGUAGUAGUAGUAGUAGUAGUAGUAGUAGUAGUAGUAGUAGUAGUAGUAGUAGUAGUAGUAGUAGUAGUAGUAGUAGUAGUAGUAGUAGUAGUAGUAGUAGUAGUAGUAGUAGUAGUAGUAGUAGUAGUAGUAGUAGUAGUAGUAGUAGUAGUAGUAGUAGUAGUAGUAGUAGUAGUAGUAGUAGUAGUAGUAGUAGUAGUAGUAGUAGUAGUAGUAGUAGUAGUAGUAGUAGUAGUAGUAGUAGUAGUAGUAGUAGUAGUAGUAGUAGUAGUAGUAGUAGUAGUAGUAGUAGUAGUAGUAGUAGUAGUAGUAGUAGUAGUAGUAGUAGUAGUAGUAGUAGUAGUAGUAGUAGUAGUAGUAGUAGUAGUAGUAGUAGUAGUAGUAGUAGUAGUAGUAGUAGUAGUAGUAGUAGUAGUAGUAGUAGUAGUAGUAGUAGUAGUAGUAGUAGUAGUAGUAGUAGUAGUAGUAGUAGUAGUAGUAGUAGUAGUAGUAGUAGAAGUAGUAAUAGUAGUAGACCGUUAAUUCUGAGGAAAAGGAAAAAAUUUAGCAUUAUGUAA